AUGCAAUAUAAAAAUUAUUCAAGAUGGCGGCUAUAAGYGGAGCUCGAAGUUUGCGCUCGUUUCAAAUUAGGCCAGCAAUGGCUCUAAUGAAGUUUCAAUCRAGAGAUUCAACCUCUGCAGCUGUAGAAGAGCCUCGUUACAAGACCUUCUCUGUUUACCGCUGGAACCCAGAUAAGCCUGGAGACAAGCCAAGAAUGCAAGAAUACAAAGUGGAUCUGAACAGUUGUGGACCUAUGGUGCUAGAUGCUCUGAUCAAGAUAAAGAAUGAAAUUGAUCCAACAUUGACCUUCCGAAGGUCUUGUCGAGAAGGAAUCUGUGGCUCAUGUUCAAUGAACAUUGGUGGAUCUAACACUCUGGCUUGUAUCAGGAUGGUCUGUAUGAGUGUAUUAUGUGUGCUUGCUGUAGCACAUCAUGUCCCAGCUACUGGUGGAAUGGUGAYAAAUACCUUGGGCCAGCAGUUCUUCAGCAGGCUUACAGAUGGAUCAUCGAUAGCAGAGAUGACUUCAGAGAUGAGAGACUUGCUCAACUAGAUGCAGAUAACUACAAAAUUUACAGAUGUCAUACCAUCAUGAACUGUACAAAGGCCUGUCCAAAG